UCCCAGGUAGCAUCGCGGCGGUGCGCAUGCGUGCUGCGCAGCGACAGCCGUGCAUGCGUUCGGACGGGUCACGUGUGUCGUGUCGGUCAGAGAUCCGCAUCUGUGCGUUUUCCAACCGCAUGUCCGCGUCGUGUUAACCAGCGUCAACCUCUGAGCAAAGAAUGAGCGACAACGAUGACAUCGAGGUGGACAGUGACGAAGAAUCGCCGACGUUUCACUCUGUGGCAGACAAGCGCGCGCACCACAACGCGCUGGAGCGCAAGCGCAGAGACCACAUCAAAGACAGCUUUCACAGCCUGCGGGACUCGGUUCCGUCCCUGCAGGGGGAGAAGGUCGGUGCAGAAGAGGCCCGCCCUAAACCGUCUGCCAAACAGGCGUCCCGAGCUCAGAUCCUAGACAAAGCCACAGAGUACAUCCAGUACAUGAGGAGGAAAAACCACACCCACCAGCAGGACAUCGACGACCUGAAGAGGCAGAAUGCGCUACUGGAGCAACAAGUCCGAGCUCUGGAGAAGGUGAAGGGCUCCUCCCAGCUGCAGAACAGCUACCCGUCCUCCGACAGCAGCCUGUACACCAACCCCAAAGGCAGCGCCGUGUCGGCCUUCGACGGCGGCUCCGACUCCAGCUCCGAGUCAGAGGUGGAGGAGCCCCCCAACAGGAAGAAGCUGCGCUUGGAGGCCAGCUAGAGGGCCGUGCAGGAGUGAGGCAAGGAGGUAUAGGGGGCGUCCCAUCAGUUCUGGGGCCUCCAUGCCUGGGCUCACACCGUCAUUGCCCCCUCAGAGGAAUGAAACGGGCUCUGGGAUGUUGUUGCCCUCCACCCCCAGCAACACAAACAAUCCAAACUCGAGAGGCAGCUUGGCCAUGUUUGAACUCUACCCCCCACCCCCUCUCAUGCAGGAGGGGCAGGGCAGGAAUGCACUGCUUUAUUUUAUUUGUACAAACUGUUUGCACCAACCCACAGCGUUCUUCUUUCAGUGAAGGAGGUGAGCUUUUUGUGAGCGACUCCAGGGUCCUGGAGCGCUUUUACGAGGUUCUGGAGGACGUUCCGGCUCGAAGGACUGCAGCAAAUAUCUCCUUAGGAGUGUGAACUUUAGGGUUCCAGGUCUGUCCUGGUCAGCAGGUCCUGAAUAGUGGAAGGACUUCCUGUGUCUUCAGGGAAACGUAGUUUCAGUUAUUAGUCUGGUCCCAUUCCAUGGAGAAGGCCGUAUGUUGUGCAUACUGACCUCUAUUGUCUUGAACGUUGAGACCCAGCUUUACUAUGAGACUAAAAAUAAAACUAUUUUAUCUCUUUA